UUAUCGUAGCUCGAUUGCACAUUGACUGAACACGUAAACAAAGGAUUGGCACUGGAUUUCAGGACGUUUUUAUUUUCAAUAGAAUUUCAUUGGAUUUGCUAAGUUCAUAAACCUUAAGUUAAAAGUGGAAACAAAUAAACAAACACUUAAUCAAUAUGACAAAAUUAAUGGAAUGGUUGGGUGCGCUGAUUGGGUUUUUAGCUGUCUACCUAUACCUGCUAACCGGCGAACCAAAAGUCUCCGAAGAAAUGAUGCUGCACAUUAAAUUCCUACCAAUUUACCUGAUCGGAAUGUUUGGAGGUUAUUCAGUGUACACCGUUUUAUAUCGUGUCUUCACAUUCAACGAUUGUCCCGAAGCAGCCGAAGAAAUUCAAAAACAAAUUGAAGAGGCAAAAGUCGACUUGUCAGCUAAAGGCAUGCAUUUUUAAGUGUUUAGUGUUUUUUUUUUUUCGAGCAGUGAUACGCCACACGAUUUCAUUCCAUAAAUCAGUUUCGUGUUCCACUUGGAUCCCCAACUAAUCAAAAUCGAAUAUUACUUUUGAAAAGGCAUCUCCUAGCUCUUUUCAUGAAUCGUGUAAAUAAAUAUGUUUGAAUAAUCCAA